GGUGCGCGUUUCGCUCUCCCGGAGAAGCCAAGAAGAACAACUUGACGCUAUGCGAGUCCACUGUAUAUCUGUACAGCUCUUGAAGAGGCACGUCGUGCCGUGCUCUCGCACAGCUAGUUAGCAAACGUUUCUCGCUUCCCCGCUUUGACUCUCAGCGUCUCUUCUGUGUAGUACCUACUGACCCUUGCUGUUAUAGUGAUAGCGAUUCGCUUUCCUGACUCUCGUAUUUCGCGUUACAGUUCGCUGCUUCGCCCGUGUCUGUUGAACGUACGAGUUGAUGCUUGUUGUCUCAUUUUCGUUUCGUUAGUGCAAUCUGAUCGCGUCAGAUGAUUACGUGUGACCUAAUAGAGCCUAAGGAUAAAACUGGCUCGAUUGUUACGUACUCCUUCUGUUCAUUGAUGUAAUUGUGCCCUCUGGAAAUUUGUUGAUUCAACGGGAGCUUUGGAACGUAUUGUUGAAAAAAAAAAAAAGGACAAACUAAUAAAAAAAAACAAGCGAUAGUUUUCGAAACGUAUAGAACUGUAAAAAAGUGAGUAGAACUGUAUUGACUAAUCUUCGAAAUCCAAUGAUUUUUGAAGUUAUUCACCGAGUAGUCGUCGGUGCUGAAAUUUAGUUCUUAUAUGUGGGCUCAAAAGAAAAUGACGCCGAACGCGAUGAAAUCUGACCGAAGGCGAUUGCCUAUUGCGAAGAGGACCAGUUGGAUCACGCCCACGAUAUGGUGGUUGAUAUGGACAAGCCUGCAGAGCUCAGCUUCGUGGACGACUUUGGGGAGUAUUGUUAUGGUUGGCAGUGGCAAUAGCGGAAGCAGCCUGCACAAUUUCAACGCAUCACAAAAUAAAUCAAAUUUCGUCACCUCGGGACGGCGAUGGGAUUCAAACGAAACAGAACCAAAGAUUAACACUGUCAUCACCGCCCAAUCGGGAGAUACAGCUUUUCUUCCUUGUCAUGUGGCGCUGAGAGAGGAUCAUGGCGUAUCUUGGGUACGUCGACGAGAUUGGUAUAUUUUGAGUGCAGACUCUAAAGUAUAUUCAAGAGACGAAAGGAUUCGUGUUACUUCGGUGGACAAUACCGAAAACAUUUGGACGUUGCUCAUAAAAUACAUAAGAAAAGAUGACGAGGGUAUCUAUGAUUGUCAGAUCACGACUAGGAAAUCCGCAUGGACCCAGUCUGUCGAAUUACGAAUUGUUGAACCACAAGCUGUGCUUGUCGGGUCUGAAGAUAUAUAUGUUGGUGUCGGGAGUCCUUUUACAGUUACGUGCGUCAUUACGAAUACCUUGAAACCACCAGAAUAUGUCUCUUGGAAUUUUGACUCAAAGUCUCUAAAUUUUGGAAGUCAUGAACAACUCCAGCAGCCAUCCAAUUUACAAAAAAAGUGGAAUAGGGCAGGUCAUACGAUAACAUUUGAUCCUGGACCUCCAUCCGUCAGUCGAUUACUUGUGAAUAGUGCCAACACUUCUGAUUCAGGUCGUUACACCUGCCAGCCCUCCAGUGGACUUUCAGCAUCGACAAACGUUCAUGUUGCACUAGGUAACGAAAUGGCUGCUAUUCAAGCGACCGACUCAGCUAGCAAGAACGGACAUUUUCUCUUGGUUCUGUUAACAGUUUCGGUGUUGUUUCCUUUAUGUUUCGGCCUUAUGUUGUAGUAUCAGAGGCACAUGGUUGUACAAAAAAUCACGUAUCUAUUUAGACAUUUUCUUUACGUUGAUGUCAGGUAAUUAUGAUCCAAAUCAAAUAAAAAAAUUUAAGCAUGGCGUUGUAUUAUUGGGACCAAAAUGAUAACACAAAUAGAUUGCUAAAGU